AUGAGUUCUUUUAAUAGUUCAUUCAGUACAAACAGCCAAAUUAAGGAUCCUACUGAAGCGGCAUUAGAGCUAGCAGAAAAGAUUAUUUCUUCUCUUUCAGAUCAAUCAAUAGUUUCUCGUUACUUUGAGCAAAAACAAAAGAUUAUGAAUUCAUCUUCGAGAUCUUCCAGUAGUUCCACUUCUAACAACAAAAUCGAUACAGGGAGUGCUUAUCAAUCAUAUCAAAAAUUCGUUGAAGAGAAUAAUACAAUCAAGGAAGAAAUAUAUCGCUUGAAAGCAAAGAAACCAGACUUUUCAUCUUCUCCAAACAACGAAGAGAUAGCUAAAUUACUUCAUGAAAUGCAAGUUAAUACAUUUAAUGCAUCUCCAAGUUCAAUUGAAAACGCAACAACAGAAUUAGAAAAGUUGAAGCGAGUUAUAGAAGCCAAAUUCGAUUCGUUAUCAUUUAUUCUCUCAGGGCUUAAACACGAGAAUGCACAAUUUAAGAAACAAUGGAAUGAAUGUGUUGCAAGUUGUGAAUCUCGUUUAGAAGCCGCAAAAGAGAAAGAAACACACGAUGAUAUCAAGUUUGAAGAAGAUUUCUCUAAGCUUCAAAACAGUAUUAAAGAACACGAAGAUCAAUUAUUACUUCUUCGUCAAGAGCAUCAAAAAGCAAUAGAAGAUAAUGAAUCUCUUCUUCACCAGCAAAGCGAAGCAAACGAUAAUCUUUCGCAAAUGCAAUACGCUUUAGAAUCAGCAAAUUCAAAUGUAAACGAACUUGAAGCCGAAAGUGGUCAAUUGCUUGACGAAAUUAAAGAUCUCAAGAAGAGCAUAUCAACUAAAUCAAAGGAAUUAGCACAAUUACAGAGAUUGAAUCGUGUAACACCAGAUGGGCCAUCUAUUAAUAUUAGCGAUGAAAUAGAGCGAAUAAAGCAAAAAACUGCAGUACUUAGGGCAGAAAAUGCUCAAAUGGCGUUUGAGUUAAAGAGAAUGGAACAGAAAUCUUAUAGUGAUUCAUUAUCUCCUACUUCUACUCUAACUUUAGACGAGGAUGAGUUAGCUGCACAUAUUCUGAGAUCAAAACUUCAUUAA